AUAUAUACGCACACACACGCAUGUCAUGUGUGUAUAUAUAUAUAUAUAUAUAUAUAUAUAUAUAUAUAUAUAAAAAUAACGUUAUUAUGAGCGAUAUUUAUGAGAAUGUGAAUAUAUAUAGUUAGUUAGAUAAUUUGUGUACAAAAGAAAUUCUUAGUCUUAGGAUACAAAAAUUAGGAUAGAAUUCGUUGACGCCACUCGCCGCGACGCGAGAAAGGCUCGAAAAUAAGGAAUUUGAUCGUACGUGCGUUUAUUCAGUCUUUUUUCGUUGUUGAAAAUUUCAAUGUUACAAUAGUGGGAGUGCGCGUAAUGGUCGACUUCUCCUCGUGAGCGCAGAUUUAAACAGGGUAUAUAAAAAUAGAGAGAACUGUGCGGAAAGCGAAAAGAACGGAUGUAAGGUCGAAUUUCGUGGAGCAGGGAGCCGUAGCUCGAUGUGUUCGAAAUAAUGGCGGUUCUUCUUUUAGAUCCGGCAUUGUCCUCGCGCCCAGUGGCUCUUUCCAAAGUGACCGCUUUUGGUGGGCUACGUACGGUGCGAGCGGACCAAGAAAAACGGAAAUUUCUUCUCACGAAUUUCUUCCAUCUUCGCGUUCUUUUUUAAUUUUCCGCCUUCUUCCCUCUUUCCUAGUUGCACGACUUUUUUCUUUCUCGCGAGGAUGUUUUCAUUUUUCCAUUUAUUUUUUAUUUUUCAUUUUUCUUUAAGUCUUUAUCCUUUUGUGUCUGUGUAUGUGUGUGCGUGCGUGCGUGCGUGCGUGUUCGUUCCAUUUUGACUUUAUUAUCGUGCUCUCUCACUCCUCUCUCUCUCCCCCCGAUCGAUCUCCAUUCGAUCGGUCGAUCGAAACGAGGUAUUGUAGAUAUAUAUUAAACGUGAAAAUUCAGACAUUCGCGGCACAUACCAAAGCGCGAUAAUGCAGCUUUAUUUCGCACGCGUUCUUUACGCCAAGUCGCAUCUUGUUUUUCUACGUUUUAUGUAGACUUACUGCUGUAAAGUUGUAGUAGGCGUAAAGAAGAGCGUGUACGCGAGGAAAGAACGAGGUGGUUCGUUAGAUUAAUCGUACGUUAGGCGAAAAAUGUUUGGUGGAUCUUCGAAAUCGCAACUCGGAGAUCAUGGUAUUGAGAUUCCUAUGUGCUUCGAGCGGCGUCGUAUUCAAUUUUCCUUUUGUAUUAUAUAGUUCUAAUUAAAGAAAAUGUAUUCGCGAAUCGACGCGAAGCGAUGCCAGCUCGAAGACGCCUCUCAGCGCGCGACGAGUUCAAAGGAAAAUACAAAAAUCCUAGUUAAUUUAAUUAAUUUAUGUAUAAUACGCACGUAUCAGUGCGUAUGUAGGAAGGAGACGAAUACUUAACAAAAAAAGAAACAAAAUCAGUGGUAUAAAUUCGUGUUCACGGAUCAUUUUUUCCGUGGGCCACGCAAGCAAUAACAGGCAAGGCCUUGCGAACAUUGAAAUGCCUACUGUUUCGAUGCGAUAGAAACGCUUCAAACUAUUCAUUGCAGUAUUACUAAAUGUAUACAGAUUUUAAGAUAACACACGAUCGACACUUCGGCACACCGGGCCCCAACAUGCGUACUCGAUCACAUUUACACACACACACACACACACACACACAUCUUACAUGCACUUCAAACACACACUCGUACACAGGAUAAGGAUAAAGACUGUAAAUAGUUAGCACGUAAUUGAUAUUAUAGGCGACGAAACCUAUUAACAUCAAAUUUAUUUAUAGUAAAUUUUCCGAAACAUA